UUUAUGCUCUAAAUGCUCUGACCAACCCUCUCUAUCUCUCUCUAUCCAGCUCCAGCCAAUAUUCUCUUACAAAAACUCCGGAAUCCCUCUCUCUUACUCAUGUUCUAAAAUCCUGCAACUCUUGCCUCUCUCUUCCCCCAUACUCUCUCUCCAUUCAAUUCGUUAUAUAAAAUUUACCUCUAUAAUUCUGAACAUCUCUCUCUUUAUCUCAUCAUUAUAUUUAUACCCUAUAAUUCUGCUACGCCACACGAAUAAAUACUCUUUUUCUCUUGGCUUUUUGUUGGUCGCUCAAAAGAUCCUGCACUUUUGCCCGUCAUCGCCAUUUACCGGCUGCUCCACAACUGAACCACCUCAGGAAUGGAGGAUCUCGGCGCCCCUCUGCUUUCCUCCACAAGAGGUACAGAGGAGGCGCACCUUGUGCUGGACAUCAAUGGCGGACAACAACAUUCAGAAAUGGGAGAAGACCGAAACCCUUUUGAUUUCUUAGGGGCUAAUCUCUCUAUAGAUUCUCCAGCUCCUCUUGACCCUUUCAGGAACCACACUCCUCAUGCUCAGGGUCUCUAUGAGUGGGUGAAGAUCCUGGUUUGCUUGCCCAUUGUUCUGUUGAGGCUGGUAAUCUUUGGGCUCUCUCUGCUGGUUGGUUAUGUGGCUACUAAGAUAGCGUUGAUAGGAUGGACAGAUAGGCAGAACCCAAUGCCGAGAUGGAGGUGCAGGAUCAUGUGGGUCACGAGGCUUUGCACUCGAACCAUCCUCUUCUCUUUUGGAUAUAAUUGGAUAAAGCGUAUAGGAAAGCCUAUAUCACGGGAGAUUGCUCCCAUAGUUGUAUCAAAUCAUGUGUCUUAUAUAGAACCCAUUUUCUUUUUCUAUGACCUCUUUCCAACUAUUGUGGCUUCCGAAUCCCAUGAUGACAUGCCCUUUGUAGGAACAAUUAUCCGGGCCAUGCAGGUUAUUUUCGUGAAUAGGUUUUCAGCGCCGUCAAGGAAGCAUGCUGUUAAUGAGAUAAAGAGAAAGGCUUCAUGCAAUAGCUUUCCAAGAGUCCUGUUGUUUCCUGAGGGCACCACAACUAAUGGAAGAAUGCUUAUAUCAUUCCAACUUGGGGCCUUCAUUCCUGGUUUUCCUAUUCAACCUGUGGCUGUUCGUUAUCCUUAUGUACAUUUUGAUCAGUCGUGGGGUUAUAUUUCUUUGGCUCGGCUCAUGUUCAGAAUGUUUACCCAAUUUCACAAUUUCAUGGAGGUGGAAUAUCUUCCUGUCAUUUUCCCACUUGCAAGCAAAAAGGAAAGUGCUGUUGGUCUGGCUGAAAGGACGAGCUAUGCCAUUGCAAGUGCUCUUAAUGUUAUACAGACUUCACAUUCAUAUGGGGAUUUGAUGCUUCUCACAAGAGCAUCAGAAUUGGGAUUGGACAAGCCAUCAAGUUACAUGGUUGAAAUGGCUAAAAUGGAAAGAGUUUUCAAUAUGAACACACAAGAAGCUGUGGAAUUGCUGGACAAAUUUUUUGCAAUGAAUCCGGAUCCAAAUGGACGUGUGAAAAUAUUUGAUUUCGUAAGGGUUUUGACAUUAGGCUUUAAUCCUCUUUCUGAGAAGAUUUUUAGAUUCCUGGAUGUAGAACAAGUUGGAUCCAUAACAUUUAGACAGUUCUUAUUCGGAUCUGUCACGUUACUGAAGCAGCCAUCAUUUCGGCAAGCUUGUGAUACUGCCUAUGCCUGCUGCGAUGGUGAAGGGAAAGGGUACAUCAUAAAGCAAGAGUUUGAGCAUGCAGUCCAGAGUGCCUGCCCAUACAUAAGCGUGGAAGACUAUGGUAAUCUAUUCGAGUUGUUUGAUAGUCAUAACAACGACAAAAUCAGUCAUGGGGAUUUCUUGACCUGCCUGAGAAAGAAUCCACUAAUCAUUGCACUCUUUGCUUCCCAAAUCUCAAUCUGCAGAACAAUUGAAGCCCAAGAUGGUCGGCAAGCAGAGAUUAUGCGACCAUGAUUGGCUUGUAUUGUUAUUUAUUAAGUGGUGUUUUAUGAAACUCACAUCCAGAGCGUUGUUUUAAGUGCUCUAAGAGAACUGUACCAUUCUUUUUGUUUAAGCCCAAAAAAAAAAAAGCUUCGGGAGACAGCAAUGCAGCUUAUUUUUCGGAUACAAUGGGACAAUCAAUUACAGUAUUGAGUGUAUAAUUACAUUAACUGGCUUGUGCGUAUUGCAAUUACAUAAUCGCA